AUGUUUGAAGAUCACGAGUCCCUGGAUCAAGUCCUAGAAGGAGUAGGACAUGCAAACACUCCUCUCACCGGGUGGCUGGAAGCAAAUAGGAAGUACCCAAAUGCAAGAAAACUAACAUACCAUGAAUUCCCAACUGAUUGGGUAUGGCAAAGGAAGGAAAAGAAAUGGAAAGGAAGAGACGAAGGGUUCAAAAUAGGGAGGAUAUACUUUGUGCACCCAGCAUCAGAGGAGCUUUACUACUUGCGUAUGCUCCUUAAUAUAGUCAGAGGUUCAACAACCUUUGCGGAAAUAAGAACGGUGAAUGGCAUAGAAUUUGCCACAUUCAAGGAAGCUUGCAAUGCUUUGGGUCUUCUAGAAGGAGAUAAUGAAUGGCAUCAAGCUUUACAAGAUGCAUCAUCUUGGGCCCAUGCCCCACAACUUAGAGAGUUAUUCGUCACAAUGUCAAUUUUCUGUGAAGUAUCAAAUCCCACUGACCUAUGGGAGAAAAACUGGGAGCUCCUAUCAGAUGUUGUCCUAUACCGGCAACGCAAAAGGAGCCUCACAAACUACGCAAAUAUGCCAUUCCCAGACAUGUCUCUAGUGCAACAAACUUCAAACAGAAUGAUAUUGGAAGAGCAAAUGUUUGAUAUGGCCACGUUAGCAGAAGAAGCAUCUAAUCUAGAAGCAGGCCUAAAUCCAGAACAAAGCUCUGUGUACCGUCAGAUACUCGACAAUGUUGAGAACAGAACAGGGGGAGUAUUCUUCAUUUACGGCAGCGGAGGUACAGGGAAGACAUAUUUGUGGAGCACCUUAAUUUCAAGGAUUAGAUCUCAAGGAGGUAUAGUCAUCGCAGUCGCCUCAUCUGGAAUUGCAGCACUAUUACUUCACUGUGGAAGGACGGCACAUUCACGCUUUAGCAUCCCAAUUAAUUUGAAUGAGAACUCAUGUUGCAGAAUAAGCUAA